CGCACGACUGGCCGCUUUCACUACAGUCAUUUAGAAAUGCUCGCGCGGAGAGUGCUCGCUCCGGCGUUUUUCCGCCAAAGACGCCUGGAGUCCACCGUGGCCAGCUUCAACAAGGAUGAGUUGCUCAUGCUGCUGCAGCCGCCGCUCACCAAGUGGAGCAACAUCAUCAGGGAGGCGGAGAAGGUGGUCGACUACCCGACUUCGUUCAUGAACCUGAGGAGGCUUCUGAGCGAUGAGUUCGCGAAUUUGGCGCUAUAUUUGAGGAAAUUGGUCGGCAGCAAUCAACUGGUAAUGCAGACAGCUAAAAACGUUCUGUACGGGGAUACGAAAAAUCUACAGCCGUGGGGACUAGUGAUCCUACUCCUAUCGAAAUCUGUUCGGACGUACGGUGCAAACCCAAAAACGGUCUACGAACAGCAAAGACAACUGGCGGAGCUGACGGAAAUGAUGAGGAGCGGACAUCUGAUCCACAAGGGCAUCAUAAACGUACCAUAUACGAAACGAUCUAAGAACACAGAAUCGGCAAUCUUCGGUAACAAAAUCGCGAUCCUGCUAGGAGAUUAUCUACUGGUUACCUCAAACGCGAUGCUCGCUGGACUGAAAAACCCUGACGCUCUAUACAUCGUGUCUUCUGCACUAAGAGACGUGUCCGAAGGAGAAUUCUUCGGGGAACGAGACGAGCAAAACAUACCUCUACCUGGGAAGCCCAAAUUGACUAACGACGACUUGGAUCUUACCUUCGACACGCGGUCUUUCAAUAUCGAAAACAUACUUGGCAAAUCGAGGAAGGAGUGGACGGCUCGGUCGAUUUAUAACGGCGUCAGUCUUCUCGGCAGAGGAUGCCAAGCGGCCAUGGUCCUCGCCAAGCAGAGUCGAGAAAUUGAAAACUACGCGUACAACUUCGGAUGUCACGUGGGCUUAGCCUGGCAAGGUGCUAUAGAAUUGCAAGCUCUAACGUCCGAUAGUAAGGAGCAGUUUUCUCUGACUAGCGCGCCAGUGCUGUUCGCGCUUGAAAGUAAUCCUGACCUAUACAAGAUAAUAGAGCAAGCUAAAAACGACGUGAACCAUGUCGAUUACGAAGAUUUGAAAUUUAAUAUACUGAAAACGGAUUCUGUGGAGAAGACCAAAAUGCUGUGUGAAGCACACGCGAAGAAAGCGACGCAGUACGUUGAUAGCAUCGGUCACAACGAGUCCAUAGAUAUGUUGAAGAAGUUGAUUAAUACUUUGUAAAAUUUUUGUGCUGAGACUGAAACAAAUUUUAAUACCUAUCUGUUUUAAG